GGUGAGAGAAAAUGGCCGCAGUCGAGCUGUGGAUGUUGUGGUGGGAUGACGUGACAGAGGCUUUCUCGCCCUAACUUAUCGAUUCUACAUCUAUGACGCCCUUACCAGAUAUCGGUGGGCUGUGAGGUGCGUGUGGCAUGCGCUGCGGGCCGACCAGUGAUGCUUGCGGGUUGACAAAAGUGCAGCGAGUGAGUAAAUAGGUAGCGGUGAAUUAUGGUUUGGUAAGAUGAAGGAGAGAAGGGUAAAAGUCAGGUGGUUUGUGUAGGUGGUGGAGCUUGGGUUAAUGUACCUUCUCCCGUCAUGAUGCUGCCCCUCUCACCCACCACCUAGCCACUCACCCUCUCGGCAACUGCUGGAAAAACUCUAGAAAUAUCGGCGACUGGAACCUGUGUCAAGUUGCAUGCUAAGUUGCUAAAUGAGAGAGAGGCGGGGUUGUUGGUGCCUCGGCCAGGCUGGUGUGGGGCUAGGCUAGGCUAGUGUGUGUGUGUGUGCCCUACCCUCCUCGCCCCGGGCAUGUGGUGCCCCGCCCCAGGAGUCUGCUCCGUCUCCCUCUAGCUCUGGCAGACUCCAGAGUCUGGCAGCCCAGCGUGGGAGCCGCGCUGGACUCUUAGACUUUAUAUGCCAGGAAGAUCUUGUCAGGUCGGGCCGGACCCCUAAUGGGUGGGAGGUGCGGAAUGCCUGCGGGGGAGGCCGGGGGACCACCGUACAUGUUCGCUGCCCGACACCCAUGUCUCCAGUAGAGCCGACGGGCCCCAUGGAGACCAAGCGAAAGAAAGCAGCAGCAGCUCUGGAGAAUGGCGAUGACUACAGCUGCCCGACUCCCUCUGGUGCCCCAGCCUCCCAGAACACCUCAUCGUCCUCGAGCGCUCAGGCAUCAGUGGGGCGUACGAGUCAGAAUCAAACGUGUGUGUGUACAACCCUCUAUGACUACGAGGCACAGGGCGACGAUGAGCUCAGCUUACGUCAUGGAGAGAUUAUCGAGGUUCUCAGCCAGGAUGUUAAAAUUUCAGGAGACGAAGGCUGGUGGAUCGGGAAGAUCAAUGGGAAGGUUGGCAUCUUCCCAUCCAAUUUUGUGGCGGAGGUCCAGAACAUUAAAGAUGUGGAACCAAUUGAAAUUGACUUUAAUGAGUUGGAAUUGGAAGAGGUGAUUGGUGUUGGGGGCUUUGGAAAGGUGUAUCGAGGUUUAUGGAAUGGCCAGGAAGUGGCAGUGAAGGCAGCAAGGCAGGAUCCGGACGAGGACAUUAGUGUCACUAUUGAAAAUGUGCGGCAAGAGGCUAAACUAUUCUGGCUACUUAAACAUGAGAACAUAGUUGCAUUAAAGGGUGUAUGUCUUGUUGAACCUAACCUGUGUCUAGUGAUGGAAUAUGCAAGAGGCGGCUCUUUGAAUCGUGUUCUUCAACAGAGAAAAGCCAUAGGCCCUUCUGUGCUAACAGACUGGGCAAUCCAGAUUGCCCGAGGAAUGAACUACCUCCACAAUCAAGCCCCUGUUAAGAUUAUUCAUAGAGACCUGAAAUCUUCGAAUGUGCUGUUGAGUGAGUGUAUAGACAAGAAUGAGCUGCAGUUCAAGACACUGAAGAUCACAGACUUUGGGCUGGCACGAGAGGUGUCUAAGACAACUCGCAUGUCUGCCGCCGGUACCUAUGCCUGGAUGGCUCCAGAGGUCAUAAAAACCUCCACUUUUUCCAAGGCAUCUGAUGUCUGGAGCUAUGGUGUGUUGCUGUGGGAGCUUCUUACUGGAGAGUCCCCGUACAAGGGCAUCGACACCCUGGCUAUUGCUUAUGGGGUUGCCAUGAACAAGCUUCGACUACAUAUCCCUACAACUGUACCCACCAACUGGAGGAAACUCAUGGAGGGUUGUUGGGAGUUAGAUCCACAUGCUCGGCCAAUAUUUGAGGUGAUCCUGAACAAAUUGGAUGAAAUUAGCCGAUCUAACUUCACUCAGACGCCCCACGAAAGCUUCCACACGAUGCAGGGACACUGGAAGGUGGAAAUUGAGGAGAAAGUCAAUGAGAUCAGAAUGAAGGAGAAUGAUCUACGAUGUCGAGAAGAGGAGGUUCGGCGAGCAUUAGUAAAGCAGAAACAGAUAGCAGAGCAACUUAAGAAACGAGAGCAAGAGUUGCACAACCGCGAAAUGGACCUUUUGCAGCGUGAGAUCUCCAUAGCCAUCCAACAGCAGUCGGCGAAACCCACACCAAAGAAACGUAAAGGAAAGUUCAGGAAAAAGCUUCUCUCAAGAACCCAUCAGAUCUCUGCUCCAUCUGAUUUCCGGCACAACAUCACAGUGCAGCCCACCGCUGGUGUUGUUCUUAACCCUACGAGUCCCGAGAGUCCCCCAGGCUCCCCUAACCUGCCCAGACUCAGGGCCAUUGCAUUACCAGCCGAUGGUGUGAAGGGCAAGACGUGGGGACCCAGCACAGCACACCAGAAGGAGCGGGGCCAGAUCAUUCCUCAACAUACCGACAACCAAAAACGAUGGAGUAAGUCUGCGCCCAAUCUUGAGAAAACCCUUCGGCCCCUUCCAUAUACUGCCACUAUGACUGGGCUCAACCAGAUUACUGCUUAUGGUCCAGAGAUUGCUGGCAAUGGAUAUUACUACAUGCCAGACUGCAGCGGUGAGGAUGGAGGGUGGAGUGCCAAGCCAGUGCCCCUGCGACCAUUACCAGUGCCAACUCUCUACAAUGGCACCACACCGGAGACUAAGGGCUUACAACCAAAGUUCUCCCCACUAGAACUACUUGUAUAUAACAUUGCUGCUAUUCUAGCCAGUGUGGCUGCAGGAUACGAUGUCCGACUCUCCAACGUCACGGCCAUUCAUCCCAAAUUACUUCCAGUCAAACCCGAGGAUGAAGAUUCCGAGUACCAGAGAUGGCUGGGCAUGGGUGAAUACGAGUUUUCGAGUCCAUCUGGUUAUGCUCACAACACAUAUCAUGGCCCUUCACGACACUCACGUCCUGCAUUAGUCUUAGAACCUAAACCCAUUCGUUUCACGGAUUCUCCCCAACACUUUGCUGGCCCUGCUGCACUGCCCCCAACUCAGCAGACCCCACGGAGAAAAUCAUCUUCAGCAAGUAAUGAUAGUGAGCAGGUAGCAAGUUAUGGUGGUGGUGGGCAGCGUGCUAUCUACAUUCCUGGACCAGCUGACUACCUGCGUCCAGAUUACCGAAGUGAGCAACAGAUGGUGGUGUGGGGUGAGCGUGGAGACCACUCCUCAAAAGCAUCUUCUACUCACCAACCUCCUCCUUCACCAAAACCUGAUGCGGAAAUGUAUCGUGCAGAGACGUAUCAGCAGUACACACCGGAUCAUCGCUCUGACUCAAUUGGUUUUUAUUAUAGUGAUCGAGGGUACCACGGUGCACCUGCUGAAUACCUAGCCAGUGUUCAUUAUGAGCAACGAGUAUAUCCACAGUACGUAAUGAGACAUGCAGCAGCAGCGGCAGCGAGUAGUGAAGGAAGUUACCAUGCCUAUGAUAAUCAAUCGCCAUCUGUGUCAUCCUCUUCAACAUCAACCAAUCCCCGUACUCCAUCUAGAGUCAAUUUCCAACAUCGACGCACUCCAUCAUCAGUGUCAAAUGCAUCUACAUCUUCUUCAAAUGUAAAUCCUUCAUUCAGGUUAGAAGAUGAAGGCGAUAGUUCUUAUUCUACUCCAACUCAUCGCAGUGGCCAUUUUGACCCUCACGGAGGACCAGCCCCACCUCCAAGAGUGUCUCGUCAGAAUUCACACGAAUUGGACCGCGUUGACCGCCCGGGGUCUUUGGAUCUUCCUCGUCACCAUCGUUCUUCUCUCAGGAAGUACAAUUACAGCUAUGGCCGGUCAUCUCCUAAACCUCGCAGUGAUCGUAGUGGGUCUGGGGGAUCUGGAGGGGGUACUCCAACUAAUCCUACCCCACCAGAUAGCAUGACCAGUGAGGAUAGCAGCUAUGUCAGUGCCCCUGAUAUGCACUCUGGUGGCUCUGGGGGCAACUCGACUGGAGGAGGACGGGUUAGAUUCUCCCCUGCUUCACACAUCAUUAGCCAAGAGGGUGUGGUAGGGCGACACACACUGCUAGAUAUGCCAGUGGAGGGCCAAAGUCAGGACACAACAGUUCCUCUGACAGCAUUAAGGCAAGCCAUUCUGCAUCAUGAGCAGCAGCAAGCAGCACUCUUGUCACAAUCUAACUCAUGGACAGCUUUUGAUGAUGGUAGUGAUGAAAGGUUGUAGCAGUUCUCCACUUGAGCCAACAUGCUCUCAGGGGGGCAUAAGCCCAGUAUACAUUCCAGGCACACAAGAGGGUAAUUCAAUAGUUUCCACCAAUUUCAUAAAGGUUAAUUCUGCAGUUUUUGAAAAUUUAUCCACUUUAAAAUUGGGAAAUGUAUUAAAUUUCUUUGCUAUUUUAUUAUUUUUGUGCUGUGAAAGUUUGUUAAAUCUUAACUGCUUCUUUCUAAAACAUAAAGUGGAAAUUAUAAGCCAUUUGUUGAAGUGAGCAACAAUAUGGGGAAUAUAUUAUAAUCACCAUGCUCAAGCUUUCAGUUUUAUGCAGUGUGAUGAGAGCAGUGUACAUAGUAUUGUAGUGCCAUCUAGUUAUUUCUACUUGGUGAGGAUUGAACAAAAUUCCUAUCAAGUCACAACUUCUGUGAUCCUUGGGCAGCCUUUGUAUAAUUUUUCACCUCUUUCAAGGAGGAAUACUUAUUAUAGGAGGAUGAAGGGAAGUGAAGAGACAGAUGUGGAUAGAAGUAUAGGCUAAAGAUGAAACUAAAGUAAAGAAGACUGAGAAUUGUGGAUGGUAGUGUCAGUGUGUUAGCCAGAAACCUAUUUAAGAAUUGUUCUUGGUAGUCUUUUCCAGUUCCAUAUAUAACUCACAAUAAGGUUGACAGGUCUUUAAUAAUGCUAAAAUAGAUUUUACACUAUUUACUGUUUCAGCAGCUGCCAUUUGCUCCAAAUUUAAGACCUUACUUUGAAGCCACAAAAUUGCACUUGUGCUAAAGCCAAUGCCUCUCUUAUUUAAUAACGUAACGGUUGUUGAAGAUGAAACCGUGUGUGUGUGUGUGUGUGCAAUAUCACUAAUAGCCAAGCAUCACUGCACAAUAGUACAAGUAGGCUCGGAGGUCAGGUAGGGUUGGUACGUGAUCAAAUUGGAUGUUUAAUUUGUAUUAUUUUACAUUUAUUAUUUCAGUAAUUCAGGAAGAAUGAUGAAAGGUGACUAAUUGAAUGGUAUUUCUACUUAAUAGAAAGAUUCUACUUUAGUACAUUUUCAUUGAUAAUAUUUUAAAUUAUACUAUACUACUAGCAAAUGUGCCAUAUUGUAUUUCCAUGUGUUUGGGAAGUGUGUCAUAUAUACAAGAAGAAAUGCUCGUUCCUAUAUUGUUUCUUUACACGUUCACUUAUUUUUUAUCUUGACACUACAUCACAUUUGUUAUUUUGAGACUUGUUUUAAUUGUGACACACUGUGAUAAUUCAAGGUAAAAUAAACAAAGUUUUUAUGGUGACAUGGGUAUUGGCAUCAUUAUGUAGUUGUACAUGUAUGAGGCAUUCUCAAGUGGUACCAGGUUGCAUCACAGUCUGUUGGUAUAGUGUACGAGGUACUCUCCAGUGGUACCAGGUUGCAUCACAGUCUGUUGGUAUAGUGUAUGAGGUACUCUGGUACUUUCCUCAUGGAUUGUAUCACAAUCUGUUUGUAUAUAGUGUAAGAGGUACUCCGAGUGGUACCAUGUGGAUGGGUUGCAUCUCACACUGUAUAGUGUUGGAGGCUCUCAGAGUGGUGAAUGCCUCAUAGGUCGUAUCAGUCAAAUAGUCAAGUCUACUCAUGUGUCUUAAUACCGAUUUUACUUCUCAUCGCUAUUUGCCGUGUGUGGGCGUAAGCUUUAUUGGCCUUUGUACAGAUUAAUUUCUUUUAACUGAAAAACAUGUUUUUAUAUAUAUAUCCACUUGAUAGGUCAACAAUAAUAUUUUUGACAGGUACGUAAUAACUUAUCCCUGUCCUGUAGGGCAUUAGUACACCAUUUCCAUGCUCUGUCUGUGAUUAUAUAGUCAUGAAUUGCCAUUUGAUAGUUUUUUUUUAAAGAGAAAAUGUCUUCCUGAGUAUUCCUAUACAGGAAUAGAAAUUACUUGCUAAACCCAUGUUAAUCUUGCUGUGUUUGAUGGCAAGGGGACACUUGAUACACACACGUGGCAACCUGUGCUUGUAUGUGGCACAUUUUUGAUGAAGGAAAGCCGUCUCAAUGUCAUAACUAUUAAAAUAUUAUUACAGUAUUUUGCAUCUGGAGAAACAAUGUAAAGCAUGUAAUGAUUCUGUAGUAAUAUUUCACUAAUUCCAUUUUUUAUAUAUAUAUAUAUAUUUAUAUAAUUUAUAUAUAUUUAUAUAAUUUAUAAAUAUUUAUAUAAUUUAUAUAUAUUUAUAUAAUUUAUAUAUAUAUUUAUAUAUAUAUAAUAUGAGGUGUGUGUAAUGCAUGAAAAGAUUAGCUUCCUAUAAUUUUAUGCAAGAGUACAAUUCCCAGUUAUGUAUGUUUUCUGUGCAACAUUCCAGAAAUAGUAAUGAUACUGCAAUGUCAAUUUUAUAUAAAUUUCAUUUCAAGUUUGCUAAUAUGUGCCAGUUAUCCCAUGUUUUAAACCAAGUGCUUGUUUCCAGCUCUUCAGUGUUGUCAAACUCAUUGACUGAGGUAUCUCUAGCAUUACCAACCAUCGGGGCACAAGCAAACCAUCGUCGUCAUGCCAAUUGUAAGGUGCCAUAUUUUUCAUUAAGGUUAACUUGUGUUGCUCUUCAUUACACAAGGCGAGAUGCUUAAGAGUAGUCCUCAGUCUGUAGCUCUAUGCAGGCGACGAGUCACAAUAACGUGGCUAAAGUAUGUUGACCAGACCACACACUAGAAGGUGAAGGGACGACGACGUUUCGGUCCGUCCUGGACCAUUCUCAAGUCGAUUGUGUGUAGCUCUGAUUGUUAUAUUGGGAUUUUGGUUUUAGAUCAGGUACUAGAACUGGUUAGGUUAUUCAAUGCCAUGUUUUCCUUGACUUGCUGUCCCAGUAGUACUAGAUCCGGGUCUCCAGUUACUUACUGGGUGCACGUGAGAAAACUGAGAAAGCCAUUCCCAGUUGUCCCACUCUGUCCAGUUGCACUGUGAACUCUUUCACGGUUGAGAAAGUAUCUAAAAAAUAGAAAUUGACAAAUUUUUCCACAUGAAAUAAUGUAUAGACCAUACCAGCUGCUGACUAUGAGUGCAAUGUUGACGUAUUCAGGCAUUUUAUUUUCACUUUAAGAAACGUGUACCAAAGUGUAUUUUUUAAGCUUUAUUUUACAAUUAUUUUGUCAAAUGAUAUGAUGAUUAAAAAUGUUUCAUGGCUAGGUUUUAUGGCUAGGUUUUAUUGCAACAAGAUAUAUAAUAUUAUCAUUUGUCAAAAUAAAUUAAUAAAUAUAUUCUCGGAGGUUUAGGCUGUAAAAUACUUUUAAUAUCUCGUCUUACGAGUCGACAUCAUUAUCUGUAGAAGCUCGCUAAUCCGGACUAUAUGGGAAGGACCUCUUGGCAGAUUAGCAUGUUUUCCGGAUUAAUGUACUUUUUCACUGCGGAAGUCCAAAAGUAAACAUGUCCAACAAUUUUUAUACCACAAACAUAAUAUGAAUUGCCAGAUGUAAUUAUAAAAUAUUCAGCCAGAAACUUCAACUUACCUUGUUGUAGUUCGUCAUCUUGAUUGAUGCUACACAUCUUGAAGUUAACACUUUCGUCCGGCGGUGACGCAGUGUGCGUCAAUAAAUAGAUGGAUGUCUGCUGGAGACACAUGUUGCAUCAAAAUUUAAAAUAUUUGUUAAAAUUCUAUAUAUUUUUUAUCCGAUCAUUAUGGGAAAGGAUUUAAAAUGUGCGCCAACAUCUUCCCAUUGAACGACAUAACACGAAAAAUGAUGUUAUCAAAACUGAAAAGAGUAUACACAAUUGGGUUUAGGUGCUGUGGGUGUACCAAUGGGUACAUGCUCACGGGUAACGCUUGGCCGACUUAAGGUGUUUUGGACUUUAUAUGCAUAUAUCCCUGUAGGGAAUUCUAUUGCGAACAAAUUUAUAUUAAAAUGAACAACGUAGCACGAGAAUGGAGGUGAGAAAACUGAAAAGAGGAUAUACAUUUUAUUGCUGUUGCACGCUCACGGGUAACACUCGCCCAAUUUUUGGGUUUGGUGCGGGUGGCACACCUGGCUUUUGAACCUUAUAUGCAUAUACCCCUGUAGGGAAUUCAAUUGCAAAUGAUUUGAUGCCCUAAAUGAAUGACGUACAACAAAAACUGAGUUGAGAAAACUGAAGAGAGUACACACAUUUUAGUGUGACUCCCUGCGAAAGGAGUCACAAGGAAAUGAGUUAGUGUGGCUCACGCGAAAUGCUCGGCACACCUUGGGGUAGGCUGGGGUGUGCACGCCGAGAAAGCGAAAGUGAGAAUUGAGAAUUCUUGACAAUAUAUGUAAUCUAUUCUAACACAACACUAAAAUUAACACUUCAAAUUACUGUACAGUUCAUGAGGCAAGGUCAAUUUUGACUGCCAGCUGCUGAAGCCUCGGUUGUUGAAGGCACUUGGCCUUUAAGCCUUGGCCUUGGAAAUGUUCAAAGUUACUAGAAAAACAACAAAGUUAUUUUAAAAAUAUUUCACUAAUGGCGCUGCACUAUGGUAUAACGCGAGGGUCGGAAGCACAUGGGCUAUUUGGUUUGACCAGGCCUGGACAGGUCCACUUGGGGCAGGCAGGCACGUUAUGUAGGCCACUAGACGGGAAAAAACUCCCAAUAUUUUUUUAGCAAAAUUCAAACUGUGCAAAUUGUUUUUAGGAAACUUGUAUAUUUGUUAUAAUACAGUAAUAAAUAAUACUGUAUUUCUUUUGUUUUUGACUGUGAUGAAUUGUUCUAAAAUUAUUGAUAAUUACUGUACUGUAUCAGCUCCUCCACAUGCCCUUUAUUCCCCAGGCAGUCCCUCCCAACGUUAUUCUUUCCUGACACCACCCACCCCACCCCCGGAGUCGACGACAUGGGGAGCCGGUCGGCCGAGCGGACAGCACGCUGGACUUGUGAUCCUGUGGUCCUGGGUUCGAUCCCAGGCGCUGGCGAGAAAAUUGG